UUUACCAACAUGUCGGCUUAGGAGUUUUUAUGAAAACUCUACAAACAAUAUUUAAUCAAUUUUCACAUCUAGCUGUUAGCAAUUGGAGUAAUAUGGCGUGUGGGCGUAGCGUGCUCCUAGUUAAACCUUUUCAGAAUGGUUUAUUUUGUACGUGUGUAGUUUUAGUGGUAUUUAUAAUGUUAAACUUCCCGGUUUGUGACAGUGAAGGGAUCACUCCGGAGAGAUGUCUGAUCUGGGGUCCAGGGCUGAACUCUGCCACAGUCUUACCGGUCCGCUACUUCUUUAUUCAGGCGGUCCAUUCAAACGGACAAAACCUGACUUUAUCUCCAGGUAAAGACACAUUUAAAGUGAAGAUAAGUCCACUGGACAAGAUGGAGUACAUCCGUAUCCACGUCCCUCCACCUCUGGACAGAAGAGACGGGUCCUUCCUGGUGAGAUACCGGCUCUACGGCAGUGUGCUGAAAGGCCUGAAGGUCGAAGUCUUCCACCAAGAUGCUGCUGUCGCCAAGUCGCCCUACACCAUUCAGGGUCCAGUCUAUCAUGAAUACUGCGACUGUCCAGAACCCAAUGCUUCUGUCUGGCAGAGCACCGUGCAGUGUCCGGCUGAGGAGCCUCAGAUUCUGGCAGACUUUAAAGCUUUUCCAACGGUCGACCUGCAGCGUCUCAGACAGGAGGUGCCUCACAGGUUCACCAACAGAGGCGGUCUCAUCCACUACAGCAUCAUCAACAACCAGCUGUACCGCCGCACGCUGGGAAAAUACACCGACUUCAAGAUGUUCUCUGAUGAAAUGCUGCUCUCUUUAACAAGAAAGGUGAAGGUGCCUGAUGUGGAGUUCUUCAUCAACGUUGGUGACUGGCCCUUAGAGACGAGGAAGACGGACGCUGUCCCCGUGUUGUCGUGGUGCGGCUCUGCAGACACACGGGACAUCGUCCUCCCCACCUACGAAGUCACACACUCCACCCUGGAGACCAUGAGAGGUGUCACAAAUGACCUGCUGUCUGUCCAGGGAAACACAGGUCCUCCGUGGAUUAACAAAACGGAUCGGGCAUUUUUCCGUGGACGGGACAGUCGAGAGGAGCGUCUCCAUCUGGUCUCUCUGUCCAAGAAAAACCCCGAGCUGCUGGACGCAGGAAUCACAGGCUGGUUCUUCUUCAGAGACAGAGAGAAACAUCUAGGCAAAGUACCACUUGUUGGAUUCUUUGACUUCUUCAAGUACAAGUACCAGGUGAACGUGGAUGGAACAGUAGCAGCGUAUCGGUUUCCUUACUUGAUGCUUGGGAGCAGCCUGGUUCUGAAGCAGGACUCGCCGUAUUAUGAAUAUUUCUACACUCAUCUUAAAGCGGGCACGCACUACGUCCCCGUGAAGAGAAACCUCUCGGACCUUUUGGAGAAAAUCAAAUGGGCCAAAGAGAACGACGCCGAAGCCCAACAGAUCGCCAGAGCGGGUCAGACGGCGGCCCGAGAGCUGCUCCAGCCCAGCAGACUCUACUGUUACUACUACAGAGUGCUGCACAUGUACUCAGAGCGCCAGACGGGGCAGCCAACGCAGCACGCAGACAUGGAGCUGGUGCCUCAGCCGGACGACCACACCGCUGAGUGUCAAUGUGAGCGUCAAGUCCACGAAGAAGAACCCAACGUGAAGGAUGAACUAUGACCACUGAAACAUUCCCCACAUAUAAAGAGUCAAAGUCGUCACGAGACAAUGUGAAAUUCACAGUUUACAGUUAAGUGUUAAGUGCCAUAAUAAAUGUUCUCUCUUGUGUAUGGAUUGUAAAGGAAGUUUUUAUAAUGCCACUCUUAGUCCUGAAUACUGUGUUGUGUUGAUUUUUGUACUUUUUCCUAAAGAUCUCAGUAAACUAGAAACUGAGGAUGAAGUUCCUGAUUUGUAAAUGUGCCUUUGCAUUGGAUCUGCAGUAUUAUCCUGAAAUAAAUACAUUUUUCAUGGUUUAUAGAGAUCAUAAUCAUAUAGUGCUUUGUACUGUCCCCCUCAAUUUUUAAUUACUUUGCUUAUUUAACUUAAGGUGAUUUUUAGAGGGUCCUCUGGACAACAAGGUAAGCUCCGUCGUAUGGUUUUAUAUUUCCAACAGAUCAUCACAGUUUGAAUAUGAUUUCUGGACAAAGGUUUUGAACUAAAUGCCCUGAUGUACUGUGAGAGUCAAAAAGUUGAUGUAACUGUUCCAUCAUUUAUUAAAGUAAACUUGCAUUUUUAAAAAUACAUUUGUUAUGAUGCUAACAUGCUGAUAAUAAUAACCGACAAGAUUAACAUGCUGAUCUUGGCAGGGAGUGUUUAUCAUGUUUACAUUUUCAACAUCUUGAAGAAACUCCCUCAAAACUCUCCUUCAAAUCCACCAACAAACUCUGUUCUUCGUCUCCUUUCUUUUGGAAUAAUUCAUUUUUAUACUGCUCUUAUCAUAUUCAAAUCUCAUCAUAUUUGGAAUAAACGUCAAUCCUGGUGAAAAUUAACGUAUUCUAGUUAUUUUUUAAUAUUACUAUUAUUUUCAUUAUUAUUUAGGCAAUUCAAAUGCCUUUUGUGGGGCUCUUUUCAUAUUCAAUAACUCAUCAUAUUUGAAAUUUAAGCCAAUCCUUGUGAAAAUGUAUGUCUUGUAGUUAUUAUUAUUACCACCAUUAUUAUUAAUAAUAUUAGGGCAUGAGCACUGACAGUGCAAGGACCCUAUUGAAAUUGGUCCGUUUAUUAUAAUAAUAAUAAUUAUUAUUAUU